GUUUGCAGUCGUUGUGCGCAUUUCGUCGAACAGGUCGGCGAUGGACCACGGCGGUCAGGUCUCUCCCGUGCCGGCGACGGCGACGGCGCCGCGGAAGGUCAGGAGAGAACACAUGAGGCUGGGGGUGUACCACGACGUGCUGCAGCGGCUCAGGGACGCCGGCGCGCCCGAGGCCCUCGCGCCGGACUUCGCCGAGAAGCUCUGGACGCACUUCCACCGCUUCAACGCCAGUUAUGCCAUGGAUGUCAAUGUUGAGAGGGCAGAAGACGUUCUGAUGCACAUGAAGCUGCUUGAGAAGGCUAUCCAUCCUGAAAAUCAGCCUGCCUUCUCAGUGAGAAUUGUUCAGGUUCCUCUAGAUAUUGAUGCGAGUGAAGCCGAUUCACAGUCAAACAUCACUGAAGAUGACAACUGUCCUACGCCAAGAACACCAGCUGAACACCCUGCACCUAUUUUUGGCUCUACCACAGCCCUUAAGGCUCUUGUUCGUCAAGCAAGCAGCAAGAACCUCCUGGAUGACAACCAAGACAUAGAUGCUAUUCUCAGACCCAUGCAUGAGAUCACCUUUGCAUCUGAUGACAAACCAAAGGGCCUUACUCAACUGUCUUCACUUCUAGGCAAUCUCAAUCUUGAUAUCAAAGAAGUACAUGCACUUUCAACAAAUGAUGGUUACUUCUUAGAUAUUUUCAUCGUAAUCGGAUGGGAUCACAAGGAAACCCAACUUCUCGAAGAAGCGUUGGAGAAGGAAAUUCACAAUUACGAACCACAGAUGCCCUCAAAAUCUUCUUGCUGGCCUCCUGAAUUAGCAGGCAAGCAGUCUUUGAUUAACUCGCAAGUCAACCAUGUUCAGAUACCUAAAGAUAACACAGAUGAAUGGGAAAUUAACUUCGACGUAUUGGAUAUUCAAGAGAAAGUGGCAUCUGGAACGUAUGGUGAUCUCUAUCGCGGUACAUAUUUUGGUGAAGAUGUCGCAAUUAAGGUGCUCAAGUCAGAUCGUCUUAAUGAGAACAUGCAGGAGGAAUUUAACGAAGAAGUAUUCAUCAUGAGGAAGAUUCGUCAUAAGAACAUUGUUCGAUUUCUUGGGGCAUGCACCAAAUCCCCAACCUUAUGUAUUGUCACAGAGUUUAUGAAAAAUGGAAGUGUUUACGACUACCUUCAUAAGCGUAAAGGUUCCUUCAAACUUCCCAGUCUGCUUAAAGCUGCAGUUGAUAUAUCAAAAGGGAUGAACUAUUUACACCAAAAUAAAAUUAUUCAUCGAGACUUGAAGACAGCAAACCUUCUUAUGGAUGAGCACGAGCUUAUCAAGGUUGCUGAUUUUGGUGUUGCACGUGUAAAAGCUGAAUCAGGGAUUAUGACUGCCGAAACUGGUACAUAUCGUUGGAUGGCUCCUGAGGUUAUUGAGCAUAAGCCAUAUGAUUCAAAGGCUGAUGUCUUUAGCUUUGGUGUUGUUUUGUGGGAGCUACUUACGGGAAAGAUUCCUCACGAGUUUCUAACACCACUCCAAGCAGCCAUAGGUGUUGUUCAAGAGGGUUUAAGACCAGUUAUUCCCAAGGCCACAGAUCCUAAACUCGCGCUGUUACUUGAGAGUUGCUGGCAGCAAAAUGCUGUCAACAGACCAGACUUUGUACAAAUUUUGCAAAAGCUUGAUGAAAUUGCUGGGGAGCAUGGCAUUGAUCUUACCCAUCCCCAUAAAGAGAAGGAGAAAGGAGGCUUCUUUACUUUUGGGAAGGUCCAUUGAUGAAAUUCUUGUAUCAUAUCUAAAGUUGCACAUUGUUUUUCUGCAGCUACUUUCUCGAUAGAUUUCUCUGAAAGAUACUGUGUAUUCAGGGGUUUAUUAUUGUACAGUGUGGUAGCUGACUGGCAGAUCACUUAGCCGCCAUUUGUCUUUUCCACCAAAUGUAAAGCAAGUACCCGUGUAAUUUUCAAUUGCUGUAUAGUGUAUACUACGGAAAGCAGAAAAUAUUAGUGAAAUUGCAGUAUACUACUUAUUUUGAACCUUA